AUGUCACAUGGUGAUAAUGAGGCACCUUGCGAGCCUGCAGAACAAGUGGAGGAUGCCAGCAGCCACACCAACCUUAGCAUGCAAGCUUCUUUGACGCAUGGUUAUGUGCCCUCUCUUGUUCCAUCGGAGGUGUAUAUUCCGAACCGACUUGGGAACACGACAAUGCGCCUUGAUGGUGAAUUGCGGCGCGAUCGCUCCGCGGUAGAGAAGAUAGUGUUGUACAAGGAGUUGAAGUAUGAUAGGAUUAACGCAUUCAAUCGUUUCGUUAUUUUUCUUCUUUGCUUGCUUGUCCCCUCCGUGUUUUGUAUGGCCAUUGGGGUGGGGUCGACGGAGUGGAUUGUGGUGUUGAACAAUUUUCACUACGAGUCCAUUGGGCUGUUCUUCUCCUGCCGGGAUGGUGUGUCAGGGUUGUGCAUGCGGCGGGGUAUCUCGUGGUAUCCGCGUGUGUUGCGGGACAAAAUUACGGGAGAGAUUGUGUGCGAGGCGUCACGCGCGUUUGUGCGUGCAUACGUCAGUGCCAUGUGGUUGCUCGGCUUAGUACAGUUUUUAUGUAUUUUGUUGGGGAAGAUUGUGGCGUUGCGGAUAGCGAACCGCCCCACACGCUCGCACAGCUCCCUUGUGGUGAUGUGUUUACUUUUCACGGCGUUGCCGUGCGGCGUGGCGAUCUGCGUGUUGUUUCACUUUUACACACGCUGUGAGCGGCAGUUGUGCAAGACGAUGCAAGACUCCUCGUCGGGCUGUCGCGUUGGGUACGAUUGGGGGUUUGAAGUCUACAUUGCGUCUAUCUGCUUUAAUUUCUGCGCCUGCAUCACAUCCUUCUGUCUGUGGUCGUACCCCCACUCACUCCGCGCCCAGACAGACCAGAAGUACGAGGAGCGGUGUCGCAGGGGGUGCAGGCCAACGAGUACGAGUGAGAAACUGAGUCCAGUGAAUCGCCUGCUGCGGCCAAUAAUUAGGGAGCCAGGGGGGCCGGUCUACCUCACUGCUGAUGAGUUUAACAUCACCAUCGAAGGCGCCAAUGACUGGGUGUACGACGACAGGAGUGACCUCUUCUACAGCUUUGAGUUGGACAUGUUUUGGGACCCGCUGACACGGGACUACUACAGCCGGGAACUGCGCUCGUGGCAGGUCACCCCACAGGGACUGAUGGGGCUCCGCAGCGCCGGUAGGGACAGGCCCGACCACUAA